UGAGCAUGCAUCUGUCUGUCUCAGCAAGGGACUUCAGACUGCCCAACAACCCCCUGCCCACUUCCCCCACCCCAUCCACCAGGCACACACAGACCCCUUUCCCUUUGUUUGUUUUUUGUUGCUGAAAAUGCCAGCAUGACAGAGCUGGAACUCUCUCCCUCCGCUCUUCCUGGUAACAGGAAGACAGGGAGGAAGGAGGAGGGCUGGCAGAUCGGUAUGAUGGUGGUAGUGGGCUGUUGAAAAGGGCGAGAGGGCCAGGAAGUCACAGUCCAGUGACAGGUCUCAGGGACAGAGUGUGAGAGAGAGAGGACCAGAGGAGAGGGGACAGAGCUGGACAGAACAGAGGAGACAGAGAGAGAAAGACAGGGAGAGGAAGAGUAACAGGGACAAGGCCUGGAAGAGCGAACUGUGAGAGAGAAAGAGGGUGGCCGUUAGGAUGGGUGCUUUCCAUGGAUGUCUGCCCUUCUUGCUGCUGUUCUUGACUGUCAUUUUUUCAGUGUCAGCUGCUACUGUCAAGACUCGGUGUGACAAGAACGUUCAGGUGAACACAAAGUCAGAUUGCUUCUCCUGCGCAGCCUUUCCUGUCUUCCCAUGUCCACAUGGCUUCCUCAGGAAAAAGCUAGGCAUGGGGAACCGGGACUGCAAGUAUCAGAUCUUUGGAGUUUUUCUCCCAGGAUGCUCACAUGAGUGUGUAAAGGAAGUCAUUCAGCCUCAGUGUUGUCCUGGUUUCUGGGGCAGUGACUGCAUUGAAUGCCCAGAGAGUGCGGAGAACCCAUGUAGCAAUAAUGGUGUUUGUUCUGAUGGACUUGGUGGCAAUGGAACAUGUAGUUGCAAGCCAGGGUUUGUGGGUACAGCGUGUGAGGACUGUUCGCCUAACCUCUACGGCGCCACCUGCAGUUCAGUGUGCAAAUGUGUGCAUGGUUUAUGUAGCAUUGGAAUAAAGGGAGAUGGGUCAUGCACCUGUUUCUCAGGAUACAAAGGCCAAAACUGUGACCAGGAGCUCCCAGAAUGCACUACUCUGUCAUGUGGGCCAGACUCUCGAUGUAUAGAGCAUCACGAAACAGGACAACUGAUGUGCCAGUGUAAGCCCGGUUACCUGGGCAACGGGAACCAGUGUACAUCGAUAAACCCUUGUCUACAGAAGGUGUGCCACACACACGCUGCAUGCACACACGUGGGCCCCAACCAGCACACAUGCCAGUGUGAAGCAGGCUACGCUGGAGACGGGGUGGUCUGUAUGCCUGUGGACCCAUGCCAAACACAACUGGGAGGGUGUUCAUCAGAGUCCACCAGCUGUGUGUAUGAUGGACCAGGAAAGUCACACUGUGAGUGUCUUCCAGGCUUUGAAAAGCUAAACAGUGUGAGCUGCAGAAUCAUUGAUAAGUGUAAACCAGACUCCUGCCACAAGAAUGCAGUCUGCACCAUGAGCGAUCCAACAUCGAUCAUGUGUAGCUGUAAAGAGGGUUACACUGGUAACGGGAAAGUCUGCUAUGGUAACAUACUGAAUAGGCUCCAAGAGCUGAACUCACAACCCAACGGGCCGUGGAAAGGCCAGCUGACCAGUGCCAUCUCCCUAUUUGGGUCCGUUCUUACCUGGCCUCUCACUUCAAGUGGUCCAUUCACUGUCUUUGUACCAACCAACAAGGGCUUUGGCAAAGGCAAAACAACAUUGAAGAACCUGUUAGCAGACCAAGCCCAGGCACUUUACCUGGCCAAACUCCACAUGUUGGCUGGAGAAAAGUCUCUGGAGUCACUGGCCGGCGUCCUCUACACACUCACUGGAAGGCAAGCUCAGAUUGUGACAGAGGACAACCAGGCCAAAUAUCGUGUUUUUGGAAGCAGUAGGAGAGGCACCAUUGUGGACCCUGACCUAGUGGCCUCCAACGGCAUCAUCCAUAUCAUCAACAAACUGAUGGACACUGUUGCACCCACCGUGAAAAGCCAGAGAGAGGAAAACCUGAUGAAGAUUUUGUCAGACAACAGCAAAUUUUCCUGGUUCAGGGGUUUGUUGGAGAAAACCAGCGUGAAGAGCUUAUUAGAUGGGGAAGGCCCGUUCACAUUGUUUGCCCCAACAAAUGCAGCGCUAACUACAUUGCAGGCAGGGUAUCUGGAUUAUCUCAAGUCUGAUGAGGGAGCCACUAAACUACUGGAGUUACUGAGACACCACGUGGUAAACACCAAGGUGGAAGUCUUCAACUUACUGUCUCAGUCAAGUCUGGUGACUGUGGCCAAUCAGGUCCUGACUUUAAAUACUACAGUAGAGGGACAGAUCCUGGUGAAUGGGGCACGUAUCCUGGAGGCAGACGUGGAGGCGAAGAAUGGGCGCCUCUAUUCAGUGGAUGGAGUUCUGAUUCCCCCCUCCAUAGAGCCACUGCUGCCCCAUAGGUGUGAUGAGACGUCCGUGAGAAUUGGCCAGGGUACAUGUGUUCCAUGUCAAAAUGUGCUCAUGUCUCUGUGUGAGCCCGGUGUCCGCAUGAAGGAAUUGGGUUACGGCUGUGACCUUGGGCUAGGUCUGGGUCUGGGCUGCCACGCCAAAUGUAACGCGACAGUGACGACGCCUCGCUGCUGCAAGGGCUUCUACGGACCAGACUGCACACCUUGUCCUGGGGGCUACACCACACCUUGCUCUUCUCAUGGCACAUGUAAUGACGGCAUAGAUGGGAAUGGAACCUGCACGUGUGAACCCAACUUCACUGGCUCACGAUGUCAUUACUGCUCCAACCCUAAGAAAUAUGGACCAGAGUGCUCCAGCACCUGUCUGUGUAUCCAUGGCGAGUGUGAUAACCGCCGUGAGUCAGCGGGCGUCUGUAAGAAGGGCACCUGUGCCGAGGGCUUCACAGGGAGUUACUGCGAGCGGCAGACCCAGCCGUGCGGUCCAGUGUCCUACUGCCACGCACAUGCCAGCUGCGACUUCAAUGGCGGCACAGUCCAGUGUGUUUGUAGAGAAGGCUUCAAAGGAGAUGGGAUAACAUGCUUUGAGACAGAGCCAUGUACUUCACCAAACAGGGGAGGCUGCGGCCCCAAUACCAAGUGUGUGAAGACUGGGCCAGGCACACAUGAAUGCCAGUGUCUGGCUGGCUGGAAGGCUGAUGGAGAUGAGUGUCAGCGUGUUGACAACUGCCUAGAGCCCACACGUGGGAACUGCCACUCCAACGCCACCUGUAUCUACAUAGGCCCAGGACAGAGUGACUGCGUCUGCAACAGUGGUCACCGUGGCAACGGCUACGAGUGUGAGCCUAUCAAUCCAUGUGUCAGACUCAACAUUGGAUGUCACUACCUGGCUAACUGUGUGUACAAGAAGUCCCAAUGGAAGUGUCAGUGUGAGGACGGUUUCACAGGGGAUGGAAAACAGUGCUAUGGAACUCUGGAUCAGGUUGUAGCUGUUGAACCUGUCAUGAGUGAAUUCUAUCAAUGGGUCCAGAAUGCUGGUCUCAGUCAGGUCCUUUCAGAGACGGCAAACGUCACCCUGUUUGUGCCCAGUGCGAAGGCCGUGCAGCAGAUGAGCAAAAAGGACAGAGACUUCUGGCUCAGCGGUGAUAACCUGCCCAGCCUGGUCAGAAGUCACAUGGUCUACGGACUGUACUCUCUAGAAGACCUGCGGGUGUCUGGCCUGCAGCUUACCUGUUUCAUAAACAGGUCACUUCCUGUCACCUGGACCAAUGAGACCACGGUUGUAGGUGGGUCCACACUCAUCUCACCUGACAUGCCUGCAACGAACGGCCUCAUCCAUAUAGUUGACAAGGUCCUGGUCCCUGACUACAAGCUGAGCAUGGGGCUGCUGGAGGUGCUGGGCCAGAGGCCGGAGCUGUCGCUCUUCAGGGAGAGCCUGAUUAAACACAACCUGACUGAGAAAUUGGGUGCGUCUUCCGCCAUGACUGUGUUUGCCCCCACGGAUAGUGCCAUCAGAGCAUUCCUGAGCUCCUCUGGCGCCACCUCUCUGGAUGUUAACGUGACAAAGUACCACAUAGUUCUGGGAGAGAAACUUGUCGAGGCUGAUCUGCUGGACGGGUUAUACAAAGACACCAUGUUGGGUUUCUCUUACCAGCUGGCGACGUUCCGCAAAGACAACAAACUGCUGGUGAACGACGCCUACAUCAACGUGACAGACAUCAGAUGCAGCAAAGGUGUGGUGCACACCCUGAACUCCGUUCUCAUCAUCCCACACAACCGCUGUGACAAGAAGAAGAGCAGGCUCACGAGAAAAUGUAUGGAUUGCCUCAGCGUAAUGUCAAUUGGAUGUCCAGAGGGAUCAAUACAGCAACGUCGCGCCUGGGGGUGCAGGACUCAGGCCCGCUCCAUAGGCUGCAGGAUUGACUGCGUAUUCAUCACUAUUGAGAGGCAGUGCUGCUCUGGUUACUUUGGGUCGCAGUGUGAGUCCUGCCCCGGGCUUGAGGGUGUGCCCUGUGGGGGGAGAGGUGUGUGCACAGAUGGGACCAACGGAACCGGAGUGUGCCGGUGCAAUGCCGGAUUCAACGGAACCGCCUGUGAAAUGUGCCAGACGGGCAAAUAUGGCAUCCACUGUGACCAAGACUGUAAGUGUGAACACGGACAGUGCAAAGAUGGACCGGAUGGUGAUGGUACAUGUGAGUGUGACCUCGGCUGGACAGGACCCUCCUGUUCUAAAGCUGUGGGUCGGGACUCUUGUGGAGGAAAGUGCCACACCAGCGCUAACUGUCUGUUAAAGGUGAUCGACAGCACCUAUUACUGUAGCUGUGCGGCUGGUUAUCAGGGAAAUGGGACUGACUGCACAGCGGUGGAUGCUUGUGAGAAGAAUAAUGGAGGCUGUUCUCCUAAAGCCUUGUGUAAGAGGACAACACCUGGUCGCAGGCAAUGCUUGUGCAAUUCAGGGCAUGCAGGAGAUGGCUUGGUCUGCAUAGAAAUGAAUCCUUGUCUGGAAGGUAAUGGAAGUUGUGAUGUCCAUGCAGCCUGUUUACACACUGGACCAAAUAGGAGCUCCUGUAUUUGCAAUCAAGACUUCUCAGGAGAUGGAAAAAUAUGUAAAGCCAUCAACCCUUGCGAGAAGAAAAACGGUGGUUGUGACUCCCAUGCCAGAUGUGUGAUGACGGCACCAGGUCAGAGGAACUGCACUUGCCUAAGCGGCUUCACGGGAGAUGGCAUCCAAUGCAUAGGGAACCUCCAUGUGGAGAUCAUGAAUUUAAAUUCAAUCUUCCUUGGCGCUCUCAUUUUUGGAAAGAUCCAUGACCUUAAUGGGAAAGGACCGUUCACUGUAUUUGUUCCGUCAAGAGCCGCACUGAUGAAAGAAAGCAGGUAUAAAGAAUGGCGGAAGAACACAGCUGUGCUGGCUAAAGUGGUGAGGUAUCACAUCGUACCGUGCAGCAGACUCCAGCCUGAAGAACUGAAAACUCAGAAGCUACUGACCUCCAUGAUGGGUGACCCCCUCAGCAUAUCCUUUGACAGUGCUAACGGUACCAUAUUCAUCAACAACCAGACAGCUACUAUAAGGACCUCAGAAGCCACCAAUGGAAUCAUCUACGUGAUCAACACAGUACUCAUCCCGCCUAGCCUAGAUCAGAAACAGGUCAACCACACCACUCUGUCAGAGCUUCAUGAUUACAGCACUUUCGCCAAACUUCUAAAGGACACAGCUGUGGUAGACUUUGUGAAGGAUUCCCUUCACCAGCCCUUCACCGUAUUCCUGCCGUCUGACCGUAGCCUGAGCGCACUCCCUCAGGAGGGCAGGGACUUCCUGUACGCCGAGCACAACCGGGCCCAGCUGCUUGAGUACCUGCGCUACCACAUUCUGACACAUAUGAAGGAGCCCCUGAUGACACUGCACAGUACCCCUCUAACGACGCUGCAGGGCUCAGAACUGCAACUGAGCUGUGCUGGACAGGACAGAGUGGGGCAACUCUAUGUGAAUGACCCAAGCUGCCUUAUCACACCCCAGAAGUUUGACUUUCCGUGGGGGAAAGUUUAUGGCAUUGACUGCCUGCUCAGUCCUCCCAGCUUGGGAGGGCGCUGUGAUAUCCUGGAUCCCAUAGACAUCACGAUGCCUUGUGGAGGGUGUUCAGCUCCACGUCCAUGCCCAGGAAAGUCCAAACUCAAGGAGACUCUGAAAUGCAAUAAUCAGGCAAUUGUUACCCUUCGCGGCAGUGGCUGCCAGGCGGUCUGCACACUGGCACACUGGAAACGCCAGUGUUGCCAUGGCUACUACGGACGUGACUGCCAAGCCUGUCCAGGAGGGGCGGAAACACCCUGCGAAAAUCAUGGGAAAUGUGACGAGGGUAGCCUAGGCAACGGCACGUGCACUUGUGAUAAAGGUUUCACGGGCGAUGCGUGCGAGUUGUGUGAGGAGGGUCACUUUGGACCUGACUGCAAAGCUUGUAACUGCACUGUGAAUGGGGCAUGUAACCAGGGUCGCCGUGGCGAUGGCAGCUGUUUCUGCACAGGGGGAUGGAUGGGGAAUAGGUGCGAGGCGGUACUAGGGUCCAUCCCCAUCUGUAACCCUCCCUGCUCUCCAAAGGGCGUGUGCAAGGAAAACGACACAUGCGUGUGCAAGCCUUUCUAUGAGGGAGAUGGGAUCACCUGCACAGUGGCAGACCUGUGUAAGUACUGGAAUGGGGGUUGCGCUGCAGGAGCAAAGUGUAGCCAGAAGGGAGAGAAAGUGAGCUGUGCCUGUCCUCAGUUCCAUAAGGGUGAUGGCUUCGUUUGCACUCCCAUCGACCCCUGCGCAGACAGCGACAACGGAGGCUGCCAUGAGCAUGCCGUCUGCAAAAUGACUGCGCCUGGGAAGAAAAUGUGUGAGUGUAAGAGCAAUUAUAUAGGUGAUGGAAUGUUGUGUGAGCUGAAGGAACUGCCCCUGGACCGCUGUGCCCAAGAUAACGGGCAAUGCCACUAUGAUGCCCAGUGCAACGAUCUGCACUUUGAGGAUAAAACAGUUGGAGUGUUCCACUACCGUUCACCUAAAGGCCAGUACAAACUCAACUACACAGAUGCCCAGCUGACUUGCAGCAAGGACGGGGCCAUACUUGCAAGUUACAUACAGCUGUCAUAUGCCCAGCAGGCUGGAAUGAACUUGUGUGCAGCUGGCUGGCUCACAAGUUCGAGAGUUGGCUAUCCAACCACACACUCCAACCCCAAGUGUGGUUUUGGCCACGUGGGCAUUGUGGACUAUGGCGUGCGCAAAAACUUGAGUGAGACCUGGGACGCCUUCUGCUACCGACUCAAAGAUGUGCAGUGUGUAUGUAAAGAGGGCUACAUUGGGGAUGGCUACACUUGCACUGGAAACCUCCUGCAGGUCCUCAGAUCUCAGCCCAGAUUCUCCAACUUCUUGGCACAAAUCCUGAACUACUCUGAAAACUCGGGUGCUGGGAAAGAUUAUGUGAAACGCCUCAGCAACCUGACUGUCCAGUCCACUCUGUUUGUGGCAGACAACAAUGGACUGGAUGAGAAUCAGACGCUGUCAUUCCGGGAUCUUGAGUUUCACCUCUCAGACGUCAGGGCACUCUCUCUGCAGGAGCUGACGAAUGGUAGCCACAUCCGCACACGCCUCGGGCAACCCAUCACCGUCAUCGGAGUGCCAGAUUUAAAUGACCCCUCUAAGAUGACCUCUACUCGGUACAUAAGUGAUCGUUUCAUGAUUGAGUCUGACAUCCUGGCAUCCAAUGGCAUCAUCCAUGUCCUUCAGAGACCAUUGACAGCUCCACCUCCGAAACCAUCAUUCCAUGUUGGUCAUCAGGCUGGAAUGGGCAUGGGAGUCAUUCUGUUGCUUCUACUGAUCGCUGCCGUCAUGUUUGUUGGGUAUCAUUUCUACACGCACAAGAGCAAGCCAUUCCAGUUCCAGUACUUCAGGGAGGAGGAUGAGGGAGAAGACAGUGUUCCAGAAUCAAACAUCUCCAAUCCCAUGUAUGACAGUGUGUCUGACCCCACUGCUGGACUGGGAGCCCUGUCUGGACUGGCAGAAGAAGAUAAACAUCAGGUGGUAUCUACUGGUUCUUACAACCUGCAAGAGAGCUGAGAGGAACUGGCAUGGAAUGCACAGACAGUCUUCACCCAUCUCCGUAGAGGCCUUUAAACCCUGUCAAAAUGAUUAGGCUAUUUACAAAAUAUGAGCAGGAUGACAGGACAUGGGAAAAAAAAUAUGAAAAAGGAGAAUUAGAUUUGUUUUGUUAAUAUGUGGUUAAAAGGCUGUUGUAAAAUGAACUAUUUGCAACUGCAAAUUGAUGAAUGACACAAAAUGUUGAGAAGAGGAAUUGCUGUAGGUAUAAGCCUUACAAAAAACAAUAGCUUGUCAUUCUUGUAUGUCUGUGUGUGUGUUUUUGAGAGAGUGAGAGUGUGUGUGUGUGUGUGUGUGUGUGUGUGUGUGUGUGUGUGUUUUUCCCCAAAGUGCUAUUAUGGAGCCUGUUAAAAUGUGAAUUACUUGGAGUUGCCCAAAAGGGUCACCCUUCAUAUCAUGAACAUUUUAAAAGAUGGAUAUCUUAUACAUUGUUCUUGUACAUUGUUUGGACAUUGUUAAGGACUCAUGUCCUGUCAUUGUUUUUGAAUGAAUAAAAACAAUUGUGAUUUCA